UCGGGGCGGCGGCGGCGGACGCAGCCUGAGGGAGCGGCGGGCGGGGCGGCGCCUGGCCCGGCAGGGCCGCGCCGGCUGAGGGGCGUCCAUGGCGCGCGGGCCCCAGCGGGGCGCGGCCGCGGCCUGAGGGCGGCCAUGUCCGGGGUGGUGCGGACCCUUAGCCGCUGCUUGCUGCCGGCCGAGGCCGGAGCCCGCGAGCGCAGGGCGGGCGCGGCGCGCGACGCGGAGCGCGAGGCCCGACGGCGCAGCCGCGACAUCGACGCGCUGCUGGCCCGCGAGCGGCGCGCGGUGCGGCGGCUGGUCAAGAUCCUGCUGCUGGGCGCCGGCGAGAGCGGCAAGUCCACCUUCCUCAAGCAGAUGCGCAUCAUCCACGGCCGGGAGUUCGACCAGAAGGCGCUGCUGGAGUUCCGCGACACCAUCUUCGACAACAUCCUUAAGGGUUCGAGGGUUCUUGUGGACGCUCGAGACAAGCUCGGCAUUCCCUGGCAGCACUCUGAGAACGAGAAGCACGGGAUGUUUCUGAUGGCCUUCGAGAACAAGGCAGGGCUGCCUGUGGAGCCUGCCACCUUCCAGCUCUACGUGCCAGCCCUGAGUGCCCUCUGGAGAGACUCGGGGAUCAGGGAAGCCUUCAGCCGCAGAAGCGAGUUCCAGCUGGGUGAAUCAGUGAAGUACUUCCUGGAUAACUUGGACCGGAUUGGCCAGCUGAACUACUUCCCCAGUAAGCAAGACAUCCUGCUGGCUAGAAAGGCCACCAAGGGAAUCGUGGAACAUGACUUCGUUAUAAAGAAAAUCCCAUUUAAGAUGGUGGAUGUGGGCGGCCAGAGGUCACAGCGCCAGAAGUGGUUCCAGUGCUUCGACGGCAUCACAUCUAUCCUGUUCAUGGUGUCCUCGAGCGAGUAUGACCAGGUCCUCAUGGAGGACAGGCGCACCAACCGGCUGGUGGAGUCCAUGAACAUCUUCGAGACCAUCGUCAACAACAAGCUCUUCUUCAACGUCUCCAUCAUCCUCUUCCUCAACAAGAUGGACCUCCUGGUGGAGAAGGUGAAGUCUGUGAGCAUUAAGAAGCACUUCCCAGAUUUCAAGGGCGACCCGCACCGGCUGGAGGACGUCCAGCGCUACCUGGUGCAGUGCUUCGACAGGAAGCGCAGGAACCGCAGCAAGCCCCUGUUCCACCACUUCACCACCGCCAUAGACACCGAGAACAUCCGCUUCGUGUUUCAUGCUGUGAAGGACACGAUCCUGCAGGAGAACCUGAAAGACAUCAUGCUGCAGUGAGAGACAGCCCCUCCCUCUGCUGUCCUCUCGGCCUCUGGGGCUGUGGCCGCCCACGUGGUUCUGGUGUGUCUGCCGCCUGCAUGGACCUGCAGUGGGCAUCUCGAAUCCACACCAUCUAAUACCUGGCUCAAGAGUGCUGGACUACCAGCCACACCAGCGAGCUCCGGGCAAGAGGACGCGGGAGUGUCAGUGAUAGCUACUGAAUCGGGGACUGUGAGACUACUGAAUCCACACCAUCACUCUGCUGUUGAUCUGUAAAACCUGGGGACACAGCUUUCGCCUCUCUACAGAAACUCUUCCUUGUUGACACAGUUAACCAAGGUUCAGGUGUACGCAGACACACGCGUGCUCUCAUUAAUGACAGAAACCCAACCCCAGCUGGCCUUGCAGCCGGCUCUCCCCUCUGCCGUGCAGGUUCUCACUGAGUCACACUAACUCGGGAGCUUGGCCUCACACUAGGCUGUAAAGAGCAUGCGAUGCUGCUAAGCUCACCGUGUCCAAGCCCAGGCCUCAGUGCCACCUCCCAGAGUGAACACACAGCCUUAGCAUCGUGCCAGCACCCUCCGAGUCUCGCAAAGGCGCAGGCGGGGUCAGGUGUCCACACU